AUGGACCCGAGCGUUUACGGCCUAUCGCGGACUGGGAGCGAAGCCCCACUCGCCGACCCGUCUCCGGCAGGAAAAGAAGUUGUGGGGAAAUCUGGCGGAAGAGCGGCGGCGGGGCCGGCACCGCGUCCAGCCGCUGGCGGCCGGCGGUCGCGCCUGGGACGCGGCCGCCCCCGGAGUGCCGGGCGGGCGGCCCGGGAGGCCCGGCGACCUGGACGCCGCCUGGGAGCAAGGGGCCCGGCAGGCCGCGGCGGGGCGCCCCCCCCGGGGCCCGGUUACCUGGCGGCGGCGACUCCUCCUCCAGCUCCUGCUCCUCCUUCUCGUCCGGCGGGCGCUCGGCGGCGGCGGCGGCGGCGGCGGCGGCGACUCCCCGCGCAGCCCGAGGCGACGAGUCGAGCCCGGCCCCUCUCCGCCUCCCUCCGCGCCGCCGCCCGCCCCGCUGCUGCCGCCUCCGCCCUCUCCCCUCAGUCAGGACAUGGUCUCCGCGGGCCUGCGCGCGGCUCCCGGCUGCCGGAGGCGGGGGGAGAGGGGCAGAAAGGAGGCGCUGAGGCUGGGGAGCCCCGGGGGCCGGGGCCAGCGAGGUACUGGGGGCAGCCGCGGGCGCUGCAGACCCCUAAUGGCGGCGGCCGAGGGACCUGGAGCCAAAUAAACCCCGCGGCGAGCGGCACAACGUCAAGGCCAGACUCCGCCGCUCGCCGCUCUGUCAUUGGCCCUGAGGCCGCCGGCUGCGCAGCCAAUGGGCGGCCGCCUCUUUCCGGGCGUAGAGGGCGGGUCGAGACUGGGACACGUCAUCCCGCGCGCGGCUCCGAUUGUGAGUCGGCGGUCUGUUCCCCUCCGCGGCUACCUACGGGCCUAAGGGUGCCGGACCGCGGCGGGGUGCUCAUCGCUUGUGUUCGCGGACUGACGGCGGCCCAGAGGGCGUCCUCGGGCGGUGUCUGGAUGCGCGCUUUGCCUCUUCUCUGCGACAGAUGCGCCAAGUCAACCCCCAGGUCUCACGUCUCUUAAGUGAUCUACUUACAACUCAGAUGCUGCUUCACUUUUUCGUGCAGUGGCUCAUGUCUGUAAUCCCAGCACUUUGGGAGGCUGAAGUGGGUGGAUCACCUGAGAUGAGGAGUUCGAGACCAACCUGACCAACAUGAAGAAACCCCAAAUCUAUUAAAAAUACAAAAUUAGCUGGACAUGGUGGCACAUGCCUGUAAUCCCAGGUACUUGGGAGGCUAAGGCAGAAGAAUUGCUUGAACCCACGAGGCAGAGAUUGUGGUGAGCCAAGAUCACACCAUUGCACUCCAGCCCGGGCAAUGAGUGAAACUUCAUCUCAAAAAAAAAAAAAGGAAUGUUGUCUUGAAAUUUGUGUUGUGUAAGUGAAGUCCAGUGGGGCAAUGGCACGUGCAGCAACCGGCACCUGGGUUCACCCAGGCGAUCACCUUCCCAGCUCCCCCACAUCCCAGGAUACAUCUUCAGCUGCCCAUCCCUCUGUUACCACCCAGUGACCACCGCUGUUCUCCUCCCUGGACCAAGUCCUGGCUGCAGGGACGAGGAGGCUUCAGGUAGGUCAUGCACUUUCUGUGUACCAAGUCACCAAGCAAGACCCCAGGCAAUAUGAGGUUUUGCGUUCACCACAAAUGUCUCCAUUCCCAGGAGAACAUGACAUUAAAUAGCAAAUAAAAAAUACCAUGAUUGGUGGAGAAAGAGACUGCCGGUGAAGGAAGGAAAAAGCUUUUUUUUCAGCUUUUGAAUGAGGACUCUCGUAUUUUCAUGUUGCCUUGGGCCCUGAAAACUACACAGCUGGCCUUGCCUGGCACAAAAAUGGAAAGGACCCAGGAACAGAUACCAGGACCUGUGUCCAGUUCCACCUAGCCUUGCUGCAGGAGCAGGGCAGGCCUCCUGGGUGUGCUGGAGGUGCCACCCUCCCCGCCCUCGCGGAUGCUCCAGUGGCUGAAGCUGGAAAUACAGGAAACUCUGCCAAGAAACCUUUUCUAGUCCCAGUCAAGGAGUCAGUGGCACCUCCCACACCUCAGUGUCGCCUUGACGCUCUGUUGAGCCAGGCUGCUUCCAGCUUGAAAUGCUUGGAGGUGGAGCAUGCUAGUAAAUGUUUAACAACGAGCUCUCUGGGGACUGGAACCCUCAUUUGUAGCAUUUGCUGAUUGCCAUUGUGUAAAUAGUCCCAUGAAGGCCAAUUUUCGAGCUACCAAUAUUUGAUCAUCUUGAAAAUUUAGCAAAAGUCUGGCUGGGUGCUGUGGCUUACGCCUGUAAUCCCAGCACUUUGGGAGGCCAAAGCAGGCAGAUUGCCUGAGGUCAGAAGUUCAAGACCAGGCUGGCUAACAUGGUGAAACCCCGUCUCUACUAAAAUACAAAAACAUCUAGACAUGGCGUGCACCUGUAAUCCCAGCUACUCAGGAGGCUAAGGCAGGGGAAUUGCUUGAACCAGGGAGGUGGAGGUCGCAGCGAGCCGAGAUCGUGCCACUAUUCUCCAGCCUAGGUGACAGAGCAAGACUCUGUCUCAAAAAAAAAGAAAUUUAGCAAAAGUCUUGAAAAUUUAAUAAUUGGCUCUCCAAAGCUAAUGCAAGCAUGGUAUUGCACACUACUGCUUGGAGGAACGAGGAAAGAGAACUCAUUGUGAUUUCAUCUAUAAUCUGAGACAAUAUGAGCAGGGAAUUUACAGAAGAAAAACUGAAGAACCAGCAAAUAUGCAUCGAUGUUCAAACUCACCAGUGAUCAAGAUAAUGCAAAUAAAGCACUAAGGAGAUAACCACUUUUUAAAAAGCCGGUGGAUAACAAGGUUAAAUCUCAAGUUGUGAGAUGCAUGACUUGGGAAUGUAAAUCUGGGCAGACACUUUGGAGAGGAAUUUGAUAGUAUCCAAUACAACGUAGACGGUGGGUAAGCCCCGAAGUUCCUCCUGGAGCUUAGAGAAGUUUCCGCAGGUGCUCAAGGAUAUUCUCUGAAGUUUCCUUUUUUGUUUUGUUGUUUUGUUUUUGAGAUAGAGUCUUGCUCUGUUGCCCAGGCUGGAGUGUGAUGGUGCAAUCUCAGCUCACUGCAACCUCUGCCUCCUGGGUUCAAGCAAUUCUCUUGCCUCAGCCUCUCGAGUAGCUGGCACUGCAGGUGCACGCCAUCACACCUGGGCAAAUUUUGUAGUUUUAGUAGAGACAGGGUUUCUCCAUGUUGGCCAGGCUGGGCUUGAACUCCUGACCUCUGCCCACCUCAGCCUCAAAGUGCUGGGAUUACAGGCAUCAGCACUGUGCCCAGCCCCAAAGUAUUCUAAUCGUAGUGAACUCCUGGUGCCGUCACACAGACUCAACAAAGACCAACUCAGGGCCAAUCUAGCUUCAGUUUUCUCCCCAUCUGCUUCUCCACUUUCCAAGUUAAUUUGAAGUAAAUCUCAGACAUCGUCUUGUUUUGUCUGUAAAUAUAUUUCUAUCUCUGAAAGUAAAAAUCCAAAAGCCUGCGGUAGGCUUUUUGUUUAAUAUGAGAGAGAGAGACACCCCAGCAGUGUCACCAAGGAAGGGCAGAUAAGAGGCAAAGUACUUUGACAGGAGCUAUGAAGCCUGGUUAGUUUAAGAGUAACAUUUCCAGUGCAUUCCCUGAGGAAAUUGUCCCUGUCCCCUCACAGACACAGCGGGCUACAGGAUCAGCCUUCUGUUGUUUGGCAGAUUUCGAGGUCAAACAGAAUCUGUACUAGGUAAUCAGCUUAGUGGAUAAUAAACCCAGGACUUAAACCUGCAGAGUACUUACAGACUCUCAGUGUAAGGGGUUGAUUCAUGUCUGCAUAAUGUUUCCCUUGAAUACUGUACCUCAUUGUCACUCUUUGAGAAUAUGUGCCUGAUUAGUUACGCCCAGCACAAUAAAAAUGCCAAAUAUUUGACUAACCACAUGAGCAGUCUUUAAAAUGAUGGUGACUUUGAUUGCUAAAUUCACUCCCAGGUCUGUCAGGUGGUUUGCGUGCAAUAUUUCAUCCAGGAAAAAAAGGUGUGCUAAUAGCAAUGACGUUACAUACUGUUUGUCAGCCUUAAUCAAAAUAAUAUCCUGGCCGGACUCAGUGGCUCACACCUGUAAUUCCAGCACUUUGGAGGUGGGCGAAUCACGAGGUCAGGUGUUUGAGAUCAGCCUGGUCAACUUAGUGAAAUCCCAUCUCUACUAAAAAUACAAAAAAUAGCCAAGUGUGGUGACAGGUGCCUGUAAUCCCAGCUACUCAGGAGGCUGAGGCAGGAGAAUCACUUGAAUCUGGGGGGUGGAGGUUGCAGUGAGCCGAUACCGAACCAUUGCACUCCAGCCCAGGCGAUAGAGCAAGAUUUUGUCUCAAAAAUAGUAAUAAUAAUAAUAAUAAUAAUUUCCGUUUCCCAACUGCUGCUUUGGUCUGUGCUUUGUGAAAGGAGUUUUAGAAUUUUGUUUUAAUCUGAAAAUUGGCUAGAAAGGUUAAAAAAAGUAGAAAAGGAAAAACAUGAAACAUGUCUACAUUUUUUUUUUUUUUGAGACAGAGUCUUGCUCUGUUGCCCAGAUUGACGUGCAGUGGCACAAUCUCCGCUCACUGCAAUCUCCACCUCCUGGUUCAAGCGAUUCUCCUGCAUCAGCCUCUUGAGUAGCUGGGAUUACAGGCACGCACCACCAUGCCCGGCUAAUUUAUUUAUUUAUUUUUUUUAGUAGAGAUGGGGUUUCACCAUAUUGGUCAGGCUGGUCUCGAACUCCUGACCUCGUGAUCUGCCACCUUGACCUCCCAAAGUACAGUGGUGUGAGCCACUGCACCCAGCCCUGAGACAUGUCUACAUUUUAAGAGAUGCCAUAGUAAAAGCUUUGUACAUUAUAUAGUUUCCAAUUUGGUGCUAGAAAACUUCCAGAAUACAACAGAGAAAUUAUCCGUACAUGGAAUAUGGUUUCAUAAUUCCAACACAGGAUACAUAAUUCCCCCACAUUGUUUCCUUAGUUUUAUUCAGUAAAAACCAUUACUGUAUCCUUAAGCAGUGAGUGCUGGUAGAGUGGGGAGAGGAAAGUUAGUGUAAAAGAACUGUAAUGUAUUAGGAAAAAAAUUUCCAGGCUGGGUGCGGCGGCUCACACCUGUAAUCCCAGCACUUUAGGAGGCUGAAGCAGGUGAAUCACUUAAGGUCGGGACUUUGAGACCAACCUGACCAAUAUGGAGAAACCCCAUCUCAGCUAAAAUUACAAAAUUAGCCAGCAUGUGGCACAUGCCCAUAAUCCCAGCUGCUCCGGAGGCUGAGGCAAGAGAAUUGCUUAAACCCAGGAGGCCAAGGUUGCAGUAAGCUGAGAUCACACCAUUGCAUUCCAGCGUGGGCAAGAAAAUCCAUCUAAAAAAAAAUCUGGAUUGUGAUGAAACCAUCGUGAUCGUGAAAGCGCAAGCAUACCAGAAUCUGGUCCAUUUUUCAGUCAUGGGACGUCAGCCUCUUGCCCCACAGCUGGUUGGUGCUACUAUCAGACUGAAUCUUCAUCUAGAGCAAUGGCUAAAUUGAAAUGUAGUUACUGGAACGGAACGUUGCUAUAUGAUGAAUGUCAGCUACUCUGAAAGGAGAAAAGACAGUGCUGUGGCCUCCACAUCCGCAGAGCAGCAGCCCUGCCCUCUGGACUCCCCUAAUUAUGCCUCUGUCCCUGAAGCAACACGACUAUUUUCCUCUCCAUACCCUCCAAUCCCUGUCCCACUUUCAUAAGCUCUUUAUAAUAAAGAACAUUCUCUUUAUUGAUUAA